AUGCGACUAAAGCAAACCUAUAUGAGCUUUUUUCAUAUAGAGUGUGUGAGAAAAUUAUUUUCUUUAUAUUGGUAUGUACUUCCGAUAGUUCUCAUACUUUUCUAUAUUGUUCGACGGAGGAAAUCGAGAGAAUCAGCUAAGAAAACUCGUCGAGGCGUUGAUAGAGCUCAAACAUAUCCAAAGCAAUAUCCAUGCGGUUGGUAUCGGAUUUGUGAUGCCGAUGAAGUUUCCCAACGCGGACAAAUCAAACAUGCAUUUGCACUCGGAAGAGAAAUGGUCGUUUUUCGAUCUGAUGAUGAUCACAGUCAAAUCCACGUUCUCGAUGCGUUCUGUGUUCACAUGGGAGCAAACUUGGCUUUUGGUGGUCGUGUUAUGCCUGGCACGAAUUGUAUUCAAUGUCCCUUUCAUUUAUGGGAAUUCAAUGGCGAAACUGGACGUUGCUCAAAACUUCCAUAUGCAGAUGGAAAGAUACCUGAAAAAGCAAAAAUGCAAACGUAUCCGUCCGUUGAACGUUAUGGCAUGAUCAUGAUUUGGUAUCAUCCACUAAAUGAACCACCGCAUUAUGAUGCAAUUGAUAUUGAUGAAUUAAAUGGUGACCGAUUUGAAUUUCGCGGCGUUUAUCAUUAUCCAAAUAUUCAGAUGCAUUUGCAAGAAUUUGCCGAAAAUGCAGCGGAUUUUCAACAUUUUCAACCGUUACAUGGCCAAAUGUUAAUUCCUUGGACUAAAUGGCAUGUCCCGUAUGUUUUUAUUCAGCACAAGGCUUCAUUAGAGUUUAAUCAAGAAAAACCAUAUAUCGCUCACUUUUAUGACACAGCAAUGAUACGAUUAUUUGGAAAAAAUUAUGAAUCAACAAAAGCCAAUGCUUCGAUCACUUUUUAUGGUCCUGCUGGUAUAACUGUAUUUCGUUUCGAUGUUGAAUUCGGGAGAAUUUAUCUAUUUCAUACACAUACUCCAACAAGCUUUACUGAAUUGGACGUGGAAUUUCGUGCAUAUGUGGAAAAGAAAAUGCCGAGAAUAUUAAAUUGGUAUGUGAUUGGAAAUUGGAUUGCACAAUGGCAUCAAGAUAUUAUUGUUUGGGAAAAUAAAGUUUUUAAACGUGCUCCGUUUCUGGUGAAAAAUGAUGGCCCGAUAUUGAAAAUGCGCCGAUGGUAUAAUCAGUUUUAUCUAUCGAAAGAAGAUCAAGAAAGUUUAGCAGACCCUACGGACUGGUAA